AUGCAUUCCUCUAUUUUCCUCAUCACCUCCGUUCUGGCCGUCUUCGCUCAGGCUGCUCCCCAAGCUACCCCUUCUUCUGGAAUAUCCGCUGAGAUUCACUCCUUUGAUCAAGAGAGCUACACACGCGCCGAGAUUACCGGCAGCAUUAGACUCUCAGCCAAGGAUACAUUCAAUUGA